CUUCACGUUUUACGGCUUGUUGGAACUGUAAAACCACAAUCAAGAUGUUUAACGAUUUAUUGUUUUUCAUAGGAGGCUUCAGUGGUUCUAUGGUAUGGAACUAUUUAUCAGGAGUACCAUUACAUCGAGGUCACCCCAGAAAUCUAGCAUGUGGAUUGAUUGUUGGUGCAUUAGGACAUUUAGGCCUUUCAAAGUUGGAAGAAAUGGACAAAGUACGCAUGUAUCAGUUGGAAGAAUAUGUUCGAACACAUCCAGAUGAUUUCCCAGCUAUUGAACGAAAAAAAUGGGGAGAGGUAUUCAAUACAUGGCAGUCACCUUUCAGACCAGAUACAGAAUAAAAACUAGUGUGAUAUUCAAAUAAUGGUGAACUGGAAACCAGACAAUUUAAGUGCUUUUCAUCAUUCACUGAUCAGUUAGGACAAGAAGGAGUUGUCUGAAUGUACUUUGUAUUUAUGUAAAUAAAAAUAUGUUGGAUUCUGUCAAA